UUUGAAAAAUAAUAAUAAAUAUAUAAAUUUGUGAUUAGUAAAAAGUAGUGGCACGUAAUAUUCUAUUGGCAUACAUAAAUUUCCCUUGAUGAUGGGUCAAUUAUAUUUGGCUUUCUCUGUGACCCUUCUCUCCUCCUUCCUCUCUCCCUCUUUAUAGCCUAUACCUCAGCCAGGCUUCAACCUGUCUUUGUUUCUUCAGCAUUCAAAGAAACCAUCAGACACAAAUCAGAGAGAGAGAGAGAGAGAUGGAAGUGGUGAUACCAACCAUGGAUUUUGAAUUCAACAGUGCCAUGUCUUCGCCGUACGUGAGCGCUCCAUCGACACCAAAACGUUUCGGGGACUACUAUUUCAGCGCCCCCACCAGUCCCAGACGCCUCUCAGAGUUUUAUCAUGAUUUCAAUGACUUGUCUGUAACAACCACUACUCCUUCAGCUGCACAAUUUCCAAAAUCACCCAGGUUUGAAUUUGAAGACGAUUUUGCAUUUCAUGUGGGUGAGGAAUCGGAGAAGACUACUAUCCCAGCUGAAGAACUCUUCGAUAGUGGUAAAAUCCGACCAUUAAGUGCAAUUUCUAAUAUCCGGGCUACUCUGUCACCAAGAAAAAACAAACAAAACGACCCCUCUGCAACGCCAAUCAGUAAAAGAAAAGAGCAAGAGAGAGGAAGAGAAAGAGUUUCUUCUUUAUCAUCGUCGAGUCGCAGAGCAACAAGAUCUGUGUCUCCAUACAGAGUUUCCAAGUACCCAUGGGAAGAGGAACAACAACAACAAGAACAGAGCACUAAACAGCCUACCUUGUCUUCUUCAACAUCGAAAGGUUACAGAAAAUGGAGAUUGAAGGACUUUUUCUUGUUCAGGAGCGCGUCAGAAGGACGUGCAUCAGAUAAAGAUCCUCUGAAGAAAUACACAGCUUUGUUCAAGAAACAUGAAGAUGUGAAGAACUCGAGCUUCAGAUCGAUUGAAGGGUCCAAGAGAAGAGGACAAGUAGUUUCAGCUCACGAGCUGCAUUACACAAAGAACAGAGCAGUUUCAGAGGACUUGAAGAAGAAGACCUUUUUACCAUACAAACAGGGGAUUUUGGGGAGGCUGUCUUUCAAUCCUGCAGUUCAUGCACUUGCCAAUGGCUUCGGAUUUUCGCGUAAAUGAGUCAUUCGUGCCAUUAUUAUGUUUCAGAUUCAAUUUGUUUGUUUGUUUUUUUGGUUUGUAAACAUGAUUGUUUGUUCCUAGAAUGUGUGAAACUUGCUCAUUCGGGAACACUACCAAAUUUUAAUUUGAAUUGAAGUAUGUGUAUUAGACAACUGGAAAUCAAAUGAAAUGUUUGGUGUAAGUGUGAUUAUUAUAUUCA